CACACACACACACACACUCUCACUCAACUCCAGUCAAACUUUUUACAGGAGCUAAAGAGACUGAGCCGACACAAAAUGAGAGGACUUGUUGUUUUGGUUACUUUGGCCUGCUUUGCCAGUGCUCAGCACCAAGCACUGAUUGACUACUUGGAGCGGAGGCUGCUCGCUAUUGAGGACCGGAUCUCCCUGUGGCAUGAACAGACUGCCCGUUACGCCUCCGAGCUGCGGGAGCUAAAGCAACAGAUGGUUUCCCAGCUGGAGAACCUGGAUAAAGAGAAAGAGAUACUGAGGACGAGUCUGGAUGGUGUGGGGACCAGGGUGGACCGGGUUGAGCGUGAGCUGGACUACCUGGAGACUCAGAACGGAGCUCAGCCAUGUGUGGACGUGGACGACAAGCUGAUAGAGCAGCAAGUGACGCUGGUAGAGGAGAAGCAGAAGGCCAAGUAUUCAAAACUAUCAGACUGCAGCGACAUGAUCUCCAGCAUAAAAGCCAUGAAGAUCUUGAAGCGAGUCGGAGGGCCAAAGGGCACGUGGACCAAAGACACCAGCAGGGGCUCUGGGAAGAUCUACAUUUUUAACGGGACAGAUGAAGACACCAUCCAUGAGUUUGCAACUGUACAAGACUUCUCCCGCUCACUGGGCCUGUCUCUGUCCAAGGACCUGAAGCUGCCGUCUGCCUGGAAGGGGACCGGACAUGUUGUCUUCAACAAUCAUGUGUAUUAUAUAAAUCAGGCUGAUGAGAUAAUGGUGGUUAAAUAUGACAUAAAGAACAACUCUGUGAAAGACAGCGCAGUGUUCCCGGUGCAGGACCACGUCCCAGUGUACGGCCUGACCCCUGAGACAGUGAUGGACCUGGCUGUGGACGAGGAAGGCCUGUGGGCCAUUUAUGCCACACGGCAGAACGAGAGGUACAUCUCUCUGGCGAAAAUGGACGCCAACUCUCUGGACAUCGAGCAAAUGUGGGACACAAACUGUCCGAGGGAGAACGCGGAGGCAGCUUUUGUCAUCUGUGGCACUUUGUAUGUCGUGUACAACACCAAGCAGCCUGGUCGCUCACGUGUCCAGUGUGUGUUUGACGUCAAUGGUAUGGUGACCAAUGAAGAUGCACCACUAGUUUACUUUCCAAAGCGUUACGGAGCCCACUCCAGUCUGAAAUAUAACCCACACGAGCAGCUGUUGUACGCCUGGGAUGAUGGCUACCAGAUUCUGUACAAGCUUAUCAUGAAAAAGAAACUAGAAAUUUGAGUUACAUAAUACACCACAACAUCCUCCCAAAACUCCCACAAACAAACCCAAACCCCAUUAAAGUACCAAACCAGUGCUUUAGCUCCUUAACCGCAAAUCAUGUGCACUGCUGACCAUUUUAAUGCAUAAUGUAGAAUUCAGAUUAAUGUGCCACUGGGGUCCGUACAGUGUAAAAAUAAAUCUUGAAACUUUAACUGUGUAAUCCAGAGACCAUCAAGUAAUACCUGUUUUUUUUUCCAGUUUCAUUAUUGUGGUGUGGUACAUGAAAGUUUAAGUCCGGACUGUUUGAAGUCUCAAUAAUUACAGAACAUUUUUUAAACAUUUGUGCACUGUGACAACUCAAGCAAGUUUCAAGAGUUUGCAACCCAUUUAAAAUGAAAAAAAAAAAAAGAAUAUUUAAGUAAUUAUAAUGAGAAACUUUCAUAAAACAAUGACUUAGUAUUUCAGAUACUUUGUCAGAUUCUUAGUAUAUCAGAUACUGACUCAUUACUUUAAGAUAGAGGCAUUAUUUUAUGAUACUGAGUCAUUAUUUUGAGAUAAAGAAACAUUGUUUUAUGAUAACAAUUCAUUAUUUUGGAAUACAGAGUGAUUAUUUUCAUAUAAUUUCUAAUUACAAUCAGUUAUUAUAAUCAUUUUCUUCUAUCACACUGGCAGAAAUGGGUUCCAAUAUCGUAUGUAAAUGAAUGGAAAGGGUUGGAGGGAAGGAAAAGUAAGUUCAAAAGUCUCCAACACUCCAACAUGGUGUGCACAAUGGUCAGCAGUGAUGUGAUUUGUAAUCAGCUGGCUGAACAUGCAAUAUCACCAGUGUGGGCUUUGAGUCUGAAUCACAUAAAGCCUUAAAAAGUUCAUUGGUGCUGGAUUGCUGAGCUGCAUCUGUAAACUCGCACUUUUAGAUGUUAACAUUGGACAUAUAUUUCCACAUUUAAAAAGGUAUCAUGUGACUUCUUUAUCUGAGGCACAUUUUGUCAUCACUGCCAAACAGUUAUUUCUAAUCAAACUGCACUGCCUUUCCAUUUUAUCAGUUAUAUCUGUGCCUACUGGUGCAUCAACUUAAUGCACUUACCUGUGAUAUUUUGUGUUAAAUCAGCCAAGCACUUAUCUUUUUUUUGUCAAUAUACAGGACGCAGGACACAUCAUACUUUAUUGGACCACUCACUUAAACCUCAAUAUCUGUGCGUCUACUUAACCUGUCAUUUUGCUGUCUGAAUAAAUGUUAUAUCCUGUAGCAGUGCUGAGUGCAUAGAAACACUCUUGUUUGUUGGUCAGUUGAAUUCAACCUGAGUUUCUAGUCAAAUGUACCCUCCUGCAAUCGCUCACCUCAUAACAGUAUGCGUAGCAUCUAUUUAACUUUUAUCACUUUACAUAAAAGACAAUGCAUAGUUCUUAAGAUAGCAUUAAAAAAAUAAACAUUUCUUCAGUUAUGCCUCAAAGUUCAUUCAGCAGCUUUAUUAACUCGUCAGUCUUUUAACAUUUCUAGUACACAUUGCUUUAAUUUACCAGCUGUCAUAAUCAAAAUAUCUACGGGGUUGUCUCACAUAUAGUGCAGCCACAAAAAUGUUGUCACUAUGGCAACCUCAGAUUACAUUUCUCUGUUUAUGCAUCAACUUUUCACACAAGUCGAGCACAUAUGGAUUUUGUGCUAUUAACAUUUUACUAAAUGAAAUUAAUAAAAUUAACAUAGAGCACCACUAUUUGAAUAACGCCUCUCAUGCAAUGCAAUCGUUUAUUAAUUUAUAUCUGAAUAUAACAUAUCUAUUUUUUUCUGCUCAUUUUCCAACUAUCUUUGCCCAUUUCUGCCUCUAAUUCUUGUUCAUUAUGGAAAUAAAAUGGCAAACUACACCCGUUAACACUAGGGCUCUGUCUCCUACUAUGUACAGGAUGUGCAGAUAUGAGCAUAAUAAAGCCACUAUGUGUAAGAUUUAAACAUUUUAGACUUUGGCACUCCCAAGUGGUAGCAUCAAAAAGACACUGUGGCAGACAGCAAUGCAUUACUUUCCCUGUGAUUCAGAUUAUCUGUGCUAUCUGUUUGUCUCUGUUCAUCUUUUCUUGAUUUCAACCUUCUUGCAUUGACCGACGUGACGUCUAAAUAUGGCGCGACUAAUAAAGACUUAUUUAGUUGGAAGUCUGUUGGUUGAUUGGUAUUUCACUGGAGCGUUUUUUAAAGUAAUUUACUUGUGUGAAGCAGUUAUUUUCAGCUUUUAAAACACUAAUUUUAUUUAUUUAAUUUUUGCCUAAUUUUACCUUAUAGCUCAAGUUAAUCAUCUAAUUUUACAUACUUGAACCUUUUUUGUCUUGAAAACUUAACAUCUCUUUUGCUGUACUUUUCCUGUGCUUUCUGUAGUUUCAACUCAAACUGUCAUGCACUUCUUCACAUAAUGUGACUUAAAAUUAAGAUAUGAAUUUGAAUUUGAAGUCGACAUCACUGCCAUUUCAUUACAUAAAAACAUACAUGGGUCUUUUCUGCUGGAGAAAAUUACACCAUGUACCGUAAAAACUACUCAGGUGAACAAAACCAGUGUGAUGCGAUGCCAACAGUAGAAAUGGACCUGUGCAUUUGUCCAGCCCAAGAUUAAUGAUGUGUGACAGUAAUUUGAUUUAAUAAUGCGAGACAGCAUUUGACUCUGGUAUUUCAGUUUCACAACUAUCAGGCAUUAAUUGCGUCACUUGGCUCCAGAACUGAAGAAAAUAUUUUUGCCUCAAAUGAACCACCUGAAGUGCAAGCUUAAAGGGACAGUACACCCCCUUCCCCAAAAUGAUCAUUUGUAUAUCAUUUACUUUAUUUACUGUGUUACUUUGAACUUUGGGAACUGAUUUUUUUUUUCACAUGCCGCCACGGUGAACGAAGAAUCCAAAAACAGAGAAAGUUCAUGAUGAAUUUAAGUCAUAAGGGUCCAUGCUUAACAACAGUAAAACUAUAUAAAAACAUCCAUUUACAAACUCUCACACAACUCAUGCAAUGUUAUCCAAGUCUCAUUUAUCCAGUCACAUGCUCAGUGCUUCCCAAACAGACAGGGAACUGAACUGAAAGUGAAACUUACCUAUGCUCUCUUCAAAGCCAGACUCCAUUAACAAAAACUGUAAUUUUACCUCGCUGAACACAGGAGCUGCUGGUCUACCACUGCUUCUAUCCGUUAGUUUGUGUUGUGUAAUUUUGCUGAAUUCAAAUUGACCCUUUUUCCAAAGUCACACAAUGACAAAAACAAACUGAUCAAGGUAGCAAUAGACCAGCAGCUCCCAUGUUCAGCAAGGUAAAAAUACUGUUUUUGUCAAUGGAGUCUGGCUUUGAGGAGAGCAAAAGUACAUUUCACUUUUAGUUUAGUUCCCCAUCAGAAAGGGCGGUGUGUUUGGGAAAUACUGAGCAUACGACUAUAAAUAAUACUUGUAGUUCACGAGUUGUGGCAGACUUUGUAAACAGAUGUUUUGAUAUAGUUUUGGUGUUGUUAAAUGUGGACCCCACUGACUUCUCCAUUUUUGGAUUCUUCGUUCACCAGAGGCCUGCCA